AUGUCUAGAUAUCGCCCAUCGCCUAGUGAGUUUUUUGAUGGCCAGUUUUUCGACCCACGUGUUGGUUUCUUCGAUCAACCCAGGCUCGAGCGUGAGAGAAUGCGUGAUCGUGAAUUGCGUAGCCGUCCUUAUCACCAGCAUCCUAAUUAUCAAGUAAGAGACCGCUCACCCGUCGAUUUUCCCCGUUUCUCUCCCCGUUGGGACGACUACAAUCGUGAUGCUCCGAGACCAGAAGGAUUUGGUUUUGUGGCCCCUUACGACGACCGUUUCGUACGAGACGAUCAGCCCAGUAGUAGCCGGCGUGGCAGCGGGAAAGGGUACAGAUGCGGUGAGACGGGUUUCUAUUUUUAUUGCGAUGACGGUUUCUGCUACGAUGAGGCGGGUUAUAGCUAUCAGUUUGAACAAGAUGGUUAUUAUUACGACACGGAGACUGGCUAUCGUCAUGACUCAGGCGGAUUUCUCUGCGAUGAGAAUGGCGUUCGUUUAAAUCGCGCAGAACUCGAAUCGUACGAACAAAGUGUUAGAUUCGCUCACCCUAUCGCAUCGGUUAUCGGACCGAUCCCACCUCGUACAGAAGAUGUUCCAAUUGACAUCGACAUCGAGGAUCAAGAAGAACAAGACGAUUCUCGGAGAGGUAGGAGGCCGUGGCUCCCAAGAAGAUCUAGUAGUCCAAAAAAAAGAGCAGGAGGGGCGGCAGCAGCACCUCGUCCGGCGGCGUACACACCGAAUGCGACAGCGGCCAAUUCGAGUGAGACAACGGUCGAACCCAGUGCGACAGAGGCCGCAUCGAGUGCGACAACGGCCGUAUCAAGUGCGACAGCAGCCGCAUCGAGUGCGACAGCGGCCGUAUCAAGUGCGACAGCAGCCGCAUCGAGUGCGACAGCAGCCACAACCGUCACGAACGUAAUUCAUGAGCUGGUGGACCUAGUCCCCGGGUCUAUAGGGGUCCAAGCCGUCACAGCACCAUUGGAAGGGUUAAGCCUGCCCGGUAGUUCAGGUUCGCAGCCACUUUCAGUUCCCAAGUCCAUUUCCGAUGAGAUUUUGCUUUUUAUGACGAGCGGGAUUUCCACCGACAGUUCAAAAGCAAUUUCGAAAGAAUUUUGCCUUGAUUACGUAGACGCAGACUUUUCUUUAAAACCUCCCAAGCUAGACGGAUGGAUUUCGCGCCGCGUUCUUUUGAAAUCCGACAAGAAUUUGAUUAAAUCGAUUAAUGCGAAAGAGGAGACUUUGAUUAAAGCCCAGCUUAAGAUUAUGGAUAUCGGGCAGCCACUUGUGGACCUGUACACCCGUCUGAGUUCCUUGCCGGAUAAUGAAACGAUCAAGCGCCCAGUGCAGGCGGCUCUCCAGCAAUGGGGGCGCGCCUAUUUUUCCAUAACUAGAGAGCGUCGAAGUGCGGUGAUUGCGCUCGCCGAGCCGUCGGCCGAUUAUUUGUUGAAAGAGCCCGACGCGUUCGACACCGGUAAAGGAGCGGCCUUCCUUUUUACCGACAAAUUCUUGCAAGUAAUGCUGAACAACGCCAACCAGGAUAACACCCUGGCCCAAGCAUCAAAAGCGGCUGCAGCGGCAGCCGCCGCCAAUGCAACGAGGCGUCCGGCUACUAGGCGGGUGCGUGCAGAGCCACCUAGUAGUUCGUCCCAUCCACCGCCACGUUACGAGUCAGAUGUGAUCGUCCGAGGCGGAAGAGGAGGGCGGAGUAGAAGAGCCGGCCACGGCCGUGGUCAACGCUCGGUCACUUGGUUUCCAGGGUCUCGAAGGUACGUUACGUCAAAGGCCAAUUCUCUGACCCCAUGUAAAAUAUUCCCAAGUCCCGACUCCAAACCUUUCUCUCAACCAGAGGGCCCGAGAGCUACGGUUGUUGAUAAAGAUGGCUCAAUAACGGUUGCGUCAAGACUUAAAAAAUUCGCGGACAGAUGGGCUUUAGUCACAAGCGAUCGUUGGGUUCUUAAAACGAUUAGAGAGGGGCUGUCUAUUGAAUUUGAGAAUUUACCGGUUCAAAAAUCCUGGCCCCCACAGAUAGUCAUGUCGAAAGAGAUGGCCGAAGUGUGCGACAAGGAGGUUAAAGAUUUACUAGCUAAGCGUGCGAUAGCGGAGGUCACGGACGACUCCGCUGGAUUUGUUUGCUCGUUCUUUUGUAUAAAGAAAAAGCAGGCAGGUCAAUUCAGGCCCAUAGUUAAUCUAAAACCGCUGAAUAAAUUCAUUCGGUACCAGCAUUUCAAGAUGGAAAAUCUUGAGUCGGUACGUUUUCUAGUCAGGAAAGGGGAUUGGUUGGCCAAGGUCGACCUUAAAGAUGCCUACUUCACUGUAGGAGUGAAGAAGGAGCACCGAAAAUACUUGCGUUUUCGCUGGGGGAAGCGCGUUUUUGAAUUUAACUGUAUGGCUUUUGGCCUCGCUCCCGCUCCUAGGGUCUUUACUAAAAUCCUUAAGACAGUCAUGGCUUUUUUGCGUCGAAAGGGCAUCCGACUGGUCAUCUACCUGGACGACAUUCUGGUAUUGAACGAGUCCAAAGAGGGACUGGUAGCCGAUGUUAAUACUGUUCUCGAAUUGCUCCAGUCGCUAGGCUUUUUAAUUAAUUGGGAAAAGUCGAUUAUCGCCCCAACUCAGGUGAUCGAGUAUUUGGGCUUGAUCGUCGACUCGAAUGAUCCAUCCUUUUCUCUCCCGUGUGCCAAAGCGGCAGCGGUUAGGAAAAUGUGCGAGACGGCUCUAUCCGAAGGCAAAGUUUCAUUGCGGACGAUAGCCUCAAUUCAAGGAAACUUUGCUUGGGCGAUCCCAGCAAUCCCUUUUGCACAGGCACACUAUCGCAGCCUCCAACGAUUCUAUAUUUCAAAUGCGCAGCGAGUGGACUUUAAUCUGGAAGCCAAAGUUCGUUUGUCGCCAAGCGCCGCGCUCGACCUCGAAUGGUGGGUGGCCAAUAUCGAAAAGGCGAACGGGAAAAUGUUUUUUCCGCGUGAACCGGACCUCGAAAUCUUCUCAGAUGCGUCGCUAACAGGAUGGGGGGCGGUGUGUAAUGGCGUUACGACGCGGGGCCCCUGGACCGUGCAAGAUAUGAACAAACAUAUCAACGAACUCGAGCUACUAGGCGCGUUCUUUGCAAUCCAGACUUUCUCAGCCAAGACGUCGAACAUCGCGAUUCGGAUUUUCCUCGAUAAUUCGACGGCUGUUAGCUACGUAAAUAAAUGCGGAGGAACGAAAUCAGCCGCUCUCACAAACACGGCCAAGGCCAUUUCGGCUUGGUGUGAGGAGAAGAGCAUUUCGGUCGAAGCAGUUCACCUGGCGGGUGAACUCAACGUUAUUGCGGAUCGUGAAUCAAGGGCUGAAGCUGAUACGAGCGAUUGGCGGUUAGACGCGAAAAUUUUUUCACGAAUUUCGGAAAUUUGGGAGAUGGACGUGGAUCUGUUCGCAUCGUCUUGGAACAGUCAACUACCCCGAUUUAUCGCGUGGGGACCCCAACCGGGAGCCUUCGCGGCCAACGCGUUCUCGGUUCGUUGGGAAAACAUUUACGGCUACGCGUUUCCCCCCUUUUCCGUGAUUUUUAGAUGUAUUGAAAAAAUCCGACGGGAAAAAGCGUCAAUUAUAUUAAUUUGCCCCGUAUGGACAGGCCAACCAUGGUUUCCGGUUUUGUUGGAACACGCUUGCGACAUUCCUCGGCUCCUACGACCGUCACCCGAGCUGUUAACAUCAGCACGGGGCGAACCCCAUCCGCUAAUCCAAUCCGGCGCGUUGAGUUUAGCCGCCUGGAAGCUCUCAGGAGAUCCUACAACCUGCAAGGCUUUUCGCAGCAGGCUAUCGAACUUUUCGUGGCCGGAAGCCGCAGCAACACCAAUUCCGCAUAUGAAUCAGCCUGGGGCAGUUGGUUCAAUUGGUGUGUGGAACGGAAUAUCGAUCCCCUGCGUAGCGAUCUAA